AUGGCCAUCAUGGCAGCUGAUACCAACACUGAUGCAGUGCGAAACGUACUCCGCCUCUCUACCAUCUUCUCUCUGCUAGGCUUUGUUACUCUGAUUGUAUAUAUCUUAUCACGAGCCGCAUAUAAUAUCCUCUUCCACCCACUUCGCUCAUAUCCCGGCCCACUCUCAUGGACGCUCAGCAGUAUCCCACUUGACUACCAUACCUGGAGGGGCACCGCGAACCGCCAGAUCUUACGCCUGCACCAGGAGCACGGCCCUGUCGUCCGCCUCUCUCCCAACGAGCUCAGCUACGCCGAUGCUCAGAUCUGGAAAGAUGUAUGGGCCGCGAGAAACCCGGAAUUCCCCAAGCGUCGCACACCGAUGCCUCCGAACGGAUCCUAUAGCAUUCUGAAUGCGCCCAAGGACCAUCACGCGAGAUUCCGCCGGCUGUUGGCGCAUGCCUUUUCGGAAAGGGGACUUCGGGAUCAGGAGCCACGGAUCAAGCAGUACGUAGACUUGCUCGUCGAGCGCUUGCAGGAGGUCGCGCGGACCGGGCAGAGCACCGACAUUGUCGACUGGUACACUCGCACGGUCUUUGACGUGAUUGGAGAUCUUGCAUGGGGAGGGUCAUUCGAUGGAGUACGAAACCGCUCGACGCACGACUGGAUCCCGGCCAUCCUCGCCAAUGUCAAAUACGUCUUGCAAGGGAGCAUCCUCUCGCGCUGGGUAAGCAGACCUAAUUCACAGUCUGGAGAGGGAAGACCUGCCCAAUUGACGUACCUUGCAGCAUCUGGAUCGCCUCAAGACCUACCUGCUGGACCAGAAGGUGGUCGAGCAGCGCAUGAAGAAUUACUCUCUCUCCACCGAGAAGACCAAGAGGAGGGCCCAAUACGGCGGCGAGCCUCGUGGAGACUUUUUCGAUCGCGUUCUCAUCAAGUCAGCGGACGACAACAAGACUGGAGAGGGAAUGUCGCUUGAUGAAGUAAGCAAACCGAUACGUGAAAGCCAUCACUUUCAAUUGUUUGAGGUAUGCCGAUGCUUACCGUCCGCCUAGAUGGUCAACAAUACCAGUGUCCUAGUCCUAGGAGGUGCCGAGACGAGCGCUACAACACUGAGUGGAACGACGUGGUUGUUACUCAACAACCCCGCCGCGAUGGAAAAGCUGCAGCAGGAGAUCAGAUCGGCAUUCAAGUCUAGCGACGAUAUAGGUUUGUCCUGGCGAACCUCCUACGCCGAGAAAGUAUGUGGUGUCUGUCUGACCAGCUUACAGAUCUCUUCUCUGUCAAUCGUCUCAGCUACAUGCUCGCCGUCCUCGACGAGACCAUGAGAAUGUACUCUCCAGUGCCGGACCCAGCUCAGCGCGUAGUCCCAGCGGGAGGCGGUGCAAUCAAUGGCAAAUAUCUACCAGAAGGAGUACGUUGCUCUCCCGUCACCACAUCGAAUUGCAAGGCUAACAGCCCCGCGUCGUCCCAGACCGUAAUCCAUGGUCACUCCUACGCGGCCGGCUACCUUGAAUCGAACUUCCAUCGUCCGAAUGACUUUGUACCCGAGCGAUGGCUCUCCGACGCCCCUCCCGAGUUUGCUGAUGACAACAAAGGCGCCUUUCAGCCUUUCGCUGCCGGGAAUCGAAAUUGCAUCGGGAAGAAUCUGGCGUACGCAGACAUGCGACUCAUUUUGGCCAAAGUGUUGUAUAGCUUUGAUCUGGAACUCGACCGGGAGCAGAAUAGGGGCGAUUGGAUGGAGGAGCAGAAGGCAUACGCGGUGUGGUUCAAGGGAUCGCUGCAUGUGAAGCUCACUCCAGCAAAGCACUAG